CGACCGCUCGCGGGACCCCGCCGCCCUGUGUCUGUCUGUCCGUCCGUCCGUCUGUCUCUCUCUGUCUGUCCCUCUCCGCCGCCCGCUGUCGUGACAUGGCCGCCGGCCGCCGCCUCCCGCUGCCCGCGCUGCUGCUGCCGCUGGCCUGCGCCGCCCUGGCGCCUCGCAGCCUCACAGAGAAGCAGCGAGCCUGCCUGCUGCCCCCCGACGACGGCCCCUGCCGCGCCCUGGUGCCGCGCUGGUACUACGACAGGUACACGCAGAGCUGCCAGGAGUUCACCUACGGGGGCUGCCACGGAAACGCCAACAACUUCCUCACCCUCGACGACUGCGAGAAGAGCUGCUGGACCAUCAAGAAAGUGCCCAAAUUAUGCCGGAUGGAGGCUGACGGAGGACCUUGCAGAGGUCAUAUAAAAAGAUACGCCUUUAACUUGAGCUCAAUGAGGUGUGAGGAGUUCAUCUAUGGUGGCUGUUACGGGAACGGCAACAACUUCAGAGAUUUGCAGUCAUGUGUGGACCACUGCCUGCCAGAGAAAACUGGUCCUUUGCUAUGCUAUAGCCCGAAGGAUGAAGGAUUGUGUUCUUCUUCUGUGCCUCGCUAUUACUAUGACACCAAGAGUAAAUCAUGUAAGGAGUUCAAAUACACUGGCUGUGGUGGAAAUGCCAAUAACUUUGUUACUGAAACAGAUUGCUACAAUGUCUGUGGGAAAGCAGGGAGUCAGAAACCAGCCAUGAAAAAGCCAACAGAUGUAUUCCGCAGAAAGAUGAUGCGAAAACUGAUUAAAAAGCCUCAGAUGCGUAACCUGAAGUCUUAAACCUAAAUGUACACUUGAAUGUUUGAAACACUUUCUUGACUCCACUUUCCUCUUUUGUAACAUAGUUUCCACACAGUUUUAUACUUUGACAUGUAGUUCUGUCUUUCAGAACUGCAUUUUUUUCCAACUUACUUUUUAUAAAGGACUGCAUUUAAUAGAAGCAGAAUGAACCUAGGUUUGGUUCUUCUACUCUGUUGUAUUCACAGUAAUACUUUGGUAAAGCCACGUAUUUAGAUUUCCAUGUUUUUAUGGGGGAGUGUUACUGCUGCCUUGGGAGAAUAUUUCAGCAGUUACAAAUUAAUUAAGAUUUGAAAAAAUCGAUUGUCUCUUAGUAUAACUAAGGAGAAUGCAAAGGUAAAUCUCUGAUGUGGAUUUUUUUCUUUUGCAUAUUCUGCUUUCUAAAGAAAAGGAAUUUUUCACAAGAGUGAAAGUAGGCUUGUAGCCCUGCCAUUUUACAUACUUUGACACUAUAAUUUCAGUAGACUACCCUUUACAGUCACUUUGGUAGUCAAAGCUUUCAGAAGCUUUCAUAAUAGUAGAAGUAUAAACUUUAAGUCUGGUUCAUCCCAUGAAAGAAAAUUGGGAAUAGGGAUACUUGGACAAGUAUUCUGACAAAGGCAAUGAAUAAGCUACUUGGUCAUUAAAAUGAAAAUGUAUCCAUUGCUUUUUCGUGACAUUUGAAAUUCCAACUAUGUUGUGCUCCAGAUCCUCUUAGGGAAUAAAUCAGCAUAUUUCUAUUGAUUUUUUAUGGGGCUACACUGAUUAUGUUAUGAGGGUCUUAUUAUUUGUGUUCAUGUGGCGGCUAUUAAAACAGAAAAACAGAAGCUUCUGCAAAUCUCAUGCAAUCCCUAUUUUGAGGCACUGUUGCAUUUAUUUUGUUAGGUUAUGCCUGUGGUGGUAUUAUCGCACCUUCUUGUAUGUUUUAUAUUUGAGCCAUGUCUGAAUUUUGAUUAAUUUCACCUACAGUGUUUUCUAAUAUAAAUCCAUAAAUAUUGUUAAUAAAAUCUUUUUUUU